AUGGGGAAUUGCUUAGCUCAACAACAGAAGCUAAUCAGAGUUAUGAAAAUUGAUGGAAAAAUCCUUGAAUAUCAACCACCCAUCAAAGUUGAACAAGUUUUAUCAGACUUCCCUGCUCAUGCUAUCUCUGAUACAUUCUCUGGCUUCCACCAUUUUCAGUCUGAUGCUAAGCUGCUCCCCGGCCACCUAUAUUACCUUGUACCUCUUCCAUCAACAGCAAUCAAUAAGAGCAAGGAAAAGAAGGUACGGUUUUUGAAUCCAGAAGUGAAUGAUGAUGGUAAAGGAAGCCAUGGUGUCGUAAGAAUUAAGUUGAUAAUCACUAAGCAAGAAUUGCAGGAGCUGAUUCAAAAACAAGGAGUUACAGUUCAGGAUAUGGUGUCUCAGAUACACAAAUCAGAUGCUAUUCGUAACAGCGGAGGGUGGAAGUGGAAGCCUGUUUUGGAAAGUAUAGAUGAAGUAAACUAG